GUUAAGUGGUUUUUUGGUGAAAAAGUUUUCUUUAUAAAUAAAUAAAAUGCUUAAGAAUAUUAAAACCGAAUCAUUUUACGAUUUAUGUAUAGAAGAAUCGUUGUUUCUCGAAGAAAAUGUUGAAGAAUCAUUGAAAUAUCUUUAUGAACAUGGAUAUAGAACAAUAGCUAUAAAUCAAUCAAUAAACGACGACAAUUUAGGGGCACAAAAGAAAUCUAAAGGAAGCAAUAAAAAAGUAAAAAAUUCCGAAGUUCCUCCACCAAUCGAUUUAUCACCUUUGAUAGAAACCGUCGAUAAAUUAAACUUGCGUGGAUUUCAAAUUUUCAACAGAUUAACCAUAACGUAUUCCAAUUCAGAAACUUUUAACAAAUUUAUUAAAUCGAAUCAUUAUAAAAAAUACCAUUUAAUAGCAAUCAUUCCAACAACACCGGAAGCCCAUAAUUAUGCUUGUUCAAGUGCAGUUGAAGCUGACAUCUACUCGUACAAUCCAGAGAAUAAAUUUACCGCCCGGCUAACGAGAAAAAUGUACAACAAAAUUGUACAACACGGCUAUUACUUUGAAUUGCAAUACAGCCAUGCCAUUGAAGAUUCUACUAAAAGGAAGAAUUUAAUACAUGUGUCUCACAUGUACCACUCGACUGGGAAGUCGAAAAAUGUAUUUUUCUCGAGUGGCGCGAAAAAUUUGAAUCUUAUUAGAAACCCGUACGACAUACUUAGCCUAGGAUUCCUGUUCGGUUUGAACGAAUUGCAAUGUAAAAGUUGCGUUCAACAUACUCCCCAACAAGUAAUUAUACAUUCUGUUGGGAGGAGACAUGGUAAAGCUCUUUUCUUUGUUGAAAACGUAGAAGAAACUCAGGAAAAUGAUCACAAUGAUUUAUCCAAUUGUGAGCCUCAAAAAAAGAAGAUUAAAAUGAUUGUAGAUGCAGAUGUAGAGACAUAA